AUGAACAGAGCAGUAGCUACCUGCUGGGUGUUCCUGCUCCUGUCGGCUUUCCUUUAUGACCAAGUGAUGUCGAAAGGUGGCAGAGGAGGAGCCAGGGGUUCUGCCCGAGGGAGCGCGCGGGGAGGCCGCUCAUCGCGAGUGCGUGGUUCAUCCUCCGUACGGGUGGCAGGGGCGGCUGCAGCCGGGGCCGCGGUUGCACUGGGUGCAGGAGGCUGGUACGCUUCUGCCCAGCGUAAACCAGACGACAGCUCGGAGCGCGGGGACGAUUAUUACAGCAACAGAACAGACUGGGAGCUUUAUUUAGCCAGGACAUCAAGUGCGGUGACCCAUGAGUGCACAUACAGCGGACUGUUCUCUCUACUGCUGCCAAUAAACUUCCUGAUUUCUUGA